AUGUCUUCGAACGGCAACAACGGCGCUGUGGGCCAGGAGAACAUCAACCCAGAUAUCAUCACCCUCACACGAUUCCUCACUGAAGAGCAGGUCAAGGUGCCUGAAGCCACCGGUGACUUCACAUUGCUCUGCCAUGCUCUUCAGUUCGCUUUCAAGUCUAUUGCCUACUAUAUCCGUCGUGCGUCAUUGAUCAACCUGACCGGUCUGGCGGGCUCGUCAAACACAACCGGCGAUGACCAGAAGAAGCUGGACGUGAUCGGAAAUGACAUCUUUGUCUCCGCCAUGAGAGGCUCCGGCAAGUGCCGUAUACUCGUCUCAGAAGAGGAGGAAGAGGCGAUCGUACUCGACGAGCACCCCAACGCCCGCUACGCCGUCGUCUGCGACCCCAUCGACGGCUCAUCCAACCUCGACGCUGGCGUCUCGGUUGGCACCAUCUUCGGCAUCUUCAAGCUCCCCGACGAGGUCCUCGGCCCCAACAAGAAAGUGACGGCCAACGACCUCCUGCGCGCCGGUACCGAGAUGGUCGCCGCCGGUUUCACCAUGUACGGCGCCUCCGCCCAGCUCGUCAUCACCAUGCGCAACGGCGGCGUCAACGGCUUCACCAUGGAAAACUCCCUGGGCGAGUUCAUCCUGACCCACCCCAACAUGCAGCUCCCCGCCAAGCGCGCCAUCUACUCCGUCAACGAGGGUAACAGCAUGUACUGGGACGACUGGGUCAACGAGUACUUCCACUCCCUCAAAUACCCCGGCGAGGGCCAGACGCCCUACAGCGCCCGGUACAUCGGCAGCAUGGUCGCUGACGCGUACCGCACCCUGCUGUACGGCGGCAUUUUCGCCUACCCCGCCGACAAGAAGAGCACCAAGGGCAAGCUGCGUAUCCUGUACGAGUGCGCGCCUAUGGCCAUGCUGUUCGAGAAUGCCGGCGGUCUCGCCAUCAACUCCCGCGCCGAGCGUCUUCUCGAGGUCGUUCCCGAGCACAUCCACGACCGCAGCGGCGUGUUCCUUGGCUCGAAGGAUGAAGUGCAGAAGGUCAUCGACACCUACAACAAGCACAAGAAAUGA